CCCUAACAACGACGCCCUCUGUCGUUUCUUUUUGAGUGCUCUUUCGUGCAAAAUGACGAAGGGUACAUCGAGCUUUGGAAAGCGUCGCAACAAGACACACACGCUCUGCAGGCGUUGUGGUAGAUCGUCUUAUCACAUUCAAAAGUCACAAUGUGCACAGUGUGGAUAUCCAGCUAAGAAGAUGCGUUCCUACAACUGGUCCAUCAAGGCGAAGAGGAGGAAGACCACUGGUACUGGGCGUAUGCGUCACCUCAAGAUCGUUCGUCGCAAGUUCAAGAAUGGAUUCAGGGAGGGACUUCCGAAGCCAAAAGCAGUCGCUGCCAAGUAAAUUGCUCUGUAAUUAUCAUCUGUUUAACUUCAAUAAAGAUCACGAAGUUUUGUAAAACAAA